GGCAAUGAUAGCAAUGGCAUAGUCGUGAACGCCGGCGCGUCUUCCCCGCUUGAUCCCUGGCGCCCGGGGUAGCACCUCGACUGUGAUUCGCUGGCCUCGUUUAGAGCGCGCCGCAGGCGUUACGUCACGCUGAAACUCAUGUGCCCUGGUAAUCGCUCAAUCAGGCAGUUCGCCGCGCUGUUACGUUGCACGCGCUGAUCUAGCAGAGUGGUGAUCGAUGGACACCCGUUGAAGUCACUGAUCGUUCUCGCCCGUCGUUCGUGACCACCGUAGAAAGACGGUCGCCGCGUUUUUCGGAACGUAUAGCGAGGGCUCGCUACGAGCGCCCUCGCUUGGUCGACCAACGUAGUUUGGCCAGUGAUGCAUGCGCGCAAGAAAUUCCCUCCCACCCGAAGGAAAGUUCAGCUCGAGCUGCAAUGGGCACGACCGCCCUGCACUUCUCGAACAGCGAGGGUGACUGCAGCUUGGUGAACAGCCUCGCCAACGACAGCGCUACUCGCUGCUUGCUCGCUAGAAGCCUUGAAGACUGCGACGCUGGCCGUGCGAUUCUGCCGUACGUGGAUUUCCUGUACUGCAGAGGAGACCAGGGUGCGAGCUUUCCCUCGCUGCUGCUUUUGGUCCUGUGGCUCGCGACCUUGUUUGUGGCGCUGGGGUCAACGGCCAGCUCCUACCUGUGUCCAGCACUCGUGCACAUUUCAAAGGCCCUUCAACUCUCGCAGGGUGUCGCCGGCGUCACUUUUCUGGCAUUCGGUAAUGGAGCGCCGGACACCAUCGCAACGAUCGCCAGCAUCCGGCGUGACCGCACGGCAUUGGCUAUCGGUGAGCUGUUCGGAGGAGGCACCUACGUCGCGACCAUCGUCGUUGGCCUUAUCUUCAUCAACAACGACUUCGAGCUGAUCCAGUCAUCCCUCCUGAGAGACGUCAUCUUUUAUCUGGGGGCUUCCUUUUGGGCCUUCACGCUUUAUUUCAACAGAUGUAUCAGACUAGCUGACGCAGUUGGCUUCAUCGCACUUUACUUAUUCUACAUAACGGUUGCGGUCUGGGGCCAGAAGUUGAUUGCCAGACUGAGCAGGAUUCAAUUCCGCCGGGAAGUCUCUGCGAGCAGGCGCGUCUCCCGAGUCAGCUUCAGCAACGUUGAUAAAGAAAUCAGCCAGUCUUUGAACAGCAGUUCUCUUGCCAGGAGCGACAAAGGUGAUGAAGAAAGUCAAGAUCUGGCUUCUCUGGCCGAAGCGAACGACGUGGUCAGCACGCCACCGCCGUUUCUGACCAGACCCCGCUUGCGUCGAUCGUCCUCAGGUAUCAGUCUGCACCACCAUCACGAAAAUGCAAUCUACUACUUCACUGCCUCAGUCGAAGAAGACCAAGAAGAGGCUCCAGAAGUGGUGGAUCCACGGCGUGCGUCACGAUGGAGCCAGGCCUCGUUCAAUUUCGUCGCGUCGUCUGUGUUCCCUGGCGAGGCAACACCGCUGCUCGGCCCGUCGACUGACGAGAAGAUGCCCCCGACAUACAGUGAGUGGAUCGAGUUUCUUCUGCACGUUUCCCCCGUGGAACCUGGCGAGUGGAAAGACAAGCGUCUCUGCUACAAAAUCUACGACGUACUGACCCUGCCCAUUUCGCUGGUGCUUGUGCUGACCAUACCGGUGGUGGACCACGAGAACCGUCAUGCCAAUUGGUCCCGACCGCUUAAUUCUCUGCACUGCGUCACUGGUCCGAUCGUGGCCCUAAGCAUUUCUGGAAUUUUAACUGUACGCAUUGGCGACAUGGUGCCUGCCUGGUGCGUAGCUCUUACGUUAGGCGUCGCAUUGGCCUGCCUCGUCUGGUUCACAUCGUCGGUGCAUGAGCCACCGCGUUACCACCUUGUAUUUGCCUACGCUGGCUUUGCCAUGUCUAUCGUUUGGAUCUACGGCGUCGCCACUGAGAUAGUGGCACUCCUCAAGGCAUUCGGCGCUCUGUACGGCAUCAGUGACGUCAUUCUUGGUAUGACCGUUCUCGCGUGGGGCAACAACAUUGGGGACCUGGUGACCAACCUGCAGCUGUCGCGCCAGGGCUUUCCGCAGAUGGCCAUGGCAGCUUGCUUCGCCGGACCCGUACUAGCACUGCUACUAGGUAUCGGUGUUGCUUUCAGUAUGAACCUCGUAUCGAGAUCCGUGUCAAGCAUAGAGCUGCACUACAGCGAGCUGCUCCCGCUGAUAUACGGGGCGCUCGUAAUUGUCCUGUUUGUGCUUCUUCUGUCGGCGCUUGUGACGUGGUUCCGUUCGUCUCGCGUUGUCGGGGCAAUCCUCAUACUCUUCUAUGUACUCUUUCUUCUCUCUACUGCGCUUGUUGAGAUAUUCCUUAUCCAAAAGAAAUAACAUACGCAGCGUGUUGCCAAUCUAGAAUUGCAUAUGACAGCUAUCUGCAUGCGUUUCUCGAUUGCAUGCUUGUGGCCAUUGAUUAAAACGCUAAUAGCUUGAAAGGCCCGAGUGCUCAGGGUUUUUCUCUCUUUUUUUGCUGAAAGUAUAGUCUACAGUGAUUUUCCGCGAGAAAGUUUUGACUGGGUUUGUGGCACUGGGGCUUCUGUUCUAGCUCUCAGCGUCGUUUUAGUUCAGCAGUGUCGCCAUUUUUAUGUGUUUUUAUGUUUUCGGAAGCCAUACAAUACUGCUUGCUCCAAUUUGAGUCUUGAAAAGCACAGAUCGGGCCAUCAGUGUUUGGCCCGUAUGAGCGAGCGGCAGAGUACGACUCUCAUUGUUUUAAGCUAUUCUCGUCAUUUGCUGCGCGCUAAAGGGGUUUGUUGUGUAGGUUGUACACGCAUGUUCAUUUUAAUAUUUUUGUCGCGCAUUUGACUUACGCAUCACCUGAAGCGAACGUUGAUUAAACUUUUUUCAACACUGCGU